AUGGCUCACACUGGAAACUUGAGCCAACGUGAUCACACAAUUGACAUACCAAUGAGUGAUGGUACCUCCCCAUCAACAUCUCACCAGGAUGACCCCAAUGGCUUGGAUGAGUUGCAUCACAGCAGAGGUCCUUUGAAUGAAGUUCCACCAGGACCAGAAAGAUCUUCUGGCACAAAUGAUGUAUCUAACUCUCAUAAUGCAUCCUUUGCAAGAAUAGAUCGAGGCCAUCGUCAACAGAAUCCUUUGAAUUCUGGCUUCUGGAUCUCAAUCGAGCUUAUUGUAAAUCUUAGCCAGAUUGUAGCAGCUAUUGCUGUUCUGUCUGUAUCAAGGAAUGAGCACCCACACGCUCCAUUAUUUACGUGGCUUCUUGGCUAUACAAUUGGUUGUAUUGCUAUUCUUCCACAUCUUUAUUGGCGCUAUCUUCACCGCAACCGACCAAACAUGGAGCAGGAGAUACCACCCCAAAGUUCGUCAGAACGGAACAUAUCCGAGACUAAUUCUUAUGCAGCAGUCUUAUCUCCUCGCACAUCAGAAGCUGUGGACGGUGCCAACAGUACUGGAGUCUCAAGAAUUAACUUACCACUGGCAAGUCCAAGGUUUUACGCGAUGGUCGCUUGCUUUAAAUUGAUGCUGGAUUGUUUCUUUGCUGUCUGGUUCGUUGUGGGAAAUGUGUGGAUAUUUGGUAGUCGUUCUUCUGCCCAUGAUGCCCCUAACUUGUACAGGAUCUGUAUAGUAUUUCUUGCGUUCGGCUUCAUUGGCUACGCCCUGCCUUUCAUUUUAUGUACAAUGAUAUGCUUCUGCCUGCCCUGUAUAAUAUCCAUUCUGGGCGUCCAUGAGGAUUUGGAUCUGAACAGAGGCGCUACCACGGAGGCAAUCAAUACUUUGGUGGCGUACAAGUUCCAAUCGAAAAGGGUUCAUGAUGGGGAUGUGGGAGAAGAUGGUGGUGGAGUCUUGGCGGUUGGAACUGACAAGGAGCGAAUUAUUUCUGCAGAAGAUGCUAUUUGCUGCAUCUGCUUGUCAAAGUUCUCAAACAAUGAAGAUCUGCGUGAACUUCCCUGUGCACAUGUCUUCCACAUGGAAUGCAUAGAUAAAUGGCUCCAGAUAAACGCGUUGUGCCCUCUUUGCAAGGCUGAGAUAGGGGGUUCAACAACAAGUAAUCCAGAGAAUGGCUCUGUGGGUCCUGACAACGCCAACAGAGUAGGCAAUGACGUCGAGUCUCAACGGUAG